UUGUUUGGACUCAUAACGCUGUGUUUCUUCAGUACAAUAUUAGCUACCAUUAUCUUCUGAUAUUGAAUAUUAAAUAACACUAAUAAGAGUAAUAUUAUGUUAACUAUGACCUUUUUGAUAUUUGCUGGAGGAAAAACAAAUGUUGCUUAGCUCUGUGCCGUUUAUGUCUUGAUGGGGAAUCCAUAAACAAAUAAGGGUUGCCAUGUUUUGUCAUUUUCCAUGCAUGCGGAUUAGUAUUUUGCUUCACCCUAGAUUUCCACCCCCAGGAAAGUCAUUGGAUACACCCUGGCCACCCCACUGUAAAAGUUCUGGCUAUACCCCUGGUGAUAAAUGAAGAAUUGUCAAGAAAUGUAGAAAAAUUACAUUUCGGGUAUGCAGACCUCUAUAAAGAAAUGAAGUUAUUGAAGCCCUGAGGUAAAUUAGACAAGGACAGAUUCUUGGUAGGCUAAUGAGUGGCUGGGCAGAGCAGUAAUUAGAGGCAGUUACAGUCUGUGCACACAAAUACACACACACACGCGCACACCGGUUCCUCUACUCUGUCUCUCCUCCCUGUUUCUCACGUCUAUACUACACGACUCAGACAACCAACAGUCAGUCGUUACAGCGAGGCACAGGAAACAGCGAGAGGAAGCUUUAGCGUCGUUAAAACUUUCAUUUCGACCGAACUACAGCGUCAUUAUCCUUCAUCAUAUAUCAAAAAUACCUGAGUCUUUUUACGUGCGUUUCUUUAACGCGAGUUAUGGAGCAGCUGUUACAGAUGUUUGAUCAAACUUAAUUGAGGAGGAAAUCACACACUGUGCCGGUUCCCUGUGUCGACGGGUUUUAUUGUUUGUUUGUUUGUUUGUUUUGUUUUUAUCAAAGUUUUGUUUUGUUUUGUUUUUACUGGAUAUGAGAUUUGUGUAAGGACGAAUUUGAAGCAUCUUUAAUAUAGAUAUUUUAUCGACUCGGCUGAAAUGCACAGUUUCUGACAGAGAAACAGAAAUGGGAAAUCCUCUAACAGUCUUCCUGGGCUCAGGGUAAGAGCGACUCAAUGAUGAUCCCAAACAGUGCAUGUGAAAAUGUCACGCACAUCGAAGUGCAAAAGAACCCUGGGAACCUGGUGGUCAGUGCCAUCAUGUUUCUUGCUGGUGUGGUGGGCAAUCUGCUAGCUCUGGCCAUUCUCGGGGUCCACCAAAAAGAACGACGGACCAAAUCCAAUGUCUUCUGCAUCCUAGUAACAGGACUUGCUGUGACAGAUCUAGCAGGGACGUGCUUGCUCAGUCCACCGGUGUUUGUGUGCUAUGCUCAUGCUACCUCCCUGGUGGGCUUAACUGGCGGCAUGCAUCUCUGUGGCUCCUUUGCCUUCGCCCUGACCUUCUUUGGUCUGGCAUCCAUGCUGAUCCUGUGUGCCAUGGCAGUGGAGCGGUGCCUGGCCAUCAGCCACCCAUAUUUCUACUCCAAGCACGUACGGCGCCACUUCGCCAAAGUUGCGCUAAUCCUUAUCUACCUUUUUACAGGUGCUUUCUGCCUGCUGCCCAUCUUUGGCAUUGGCCGCUACAAGCAGUACUGUCCUGGCACAUGGUGCUUUAUUAAAAUGGAGGCUGGGAAUGAGGAUCAGGAAGAGGGGAGGCGCACACUCGCCUUCUCCCUCUCUUAUUCUCUGUUAAUGGCCUUGCUCAUUGCUGUUGUCUUUGUCUGUAAUGGCUCAGUCAUCGUCAGUCUGUGCCGAAUGCACCGAAGCCAGAUCACACGCCGAGGUUCUGUGGUCUCGACAGGGCGCAAGAAAAGGCUUAGCACCUGGUUUGGCCAGGGUGAGGAGGAGAUGGACCACCUGCUGCUGCUGGCCUCCAUGACUAUCAUCUUUGUCAUCUGCUCCUUGCCUCUCACUAUAUUUGGCUUCGUCAAUGCCAUCAGCCAAGGAUCAGGCAAUGACAAAAGGAACCUCCUGGCAUUCCGUUUCUCUGCCCUCAACCCCGUGGUAGACCCCUGGGUCUUCAUCAUCUUCCGCAAGUCCAUCUUCCAGCAUGUGCGCGCACUCUUACAUUGCCGAUUCAGCAAGGCGGCAGUGAAGAACACAGCCCAAGAUGGCCUCUCGCAUCGCUUAGAGAGCAUGGUGCCUGCAGAGUCCACUGCUCUCCAGAGCAAAAUUUUCAGUGACAUCCCUCAGUGA